AUGGCUGGUCUUUCGUCCAGCGCAAUGGCUCUUCAACGCCAGCUCUGCCGUCCGAACGCCUCCCUCACAACCACCCUCGCCAAACCCGCCAUUGCUCGACCACAAUGCCGCCGAAACCUUCAGGAUGUCGCCAUUACGCGGACUGGAAAGCCCAUUCUUCGAGUUGCUGGUGGCCGGAGUAGCUUGGGAGGACACACUGUCACCGUCUUCGGCGCAACGGGGUUUCUGGGACGAUACAUUGUGAACCGCAUGGCUCGCUCAGGAUGCACUGUUGUUGUUCCAUUCCGUGAAGAGAUGGCCAAGAGACAUCUUAAAGUUACCGGUGAUUUGGGAAGAGUGGUCUUCAUUGAGUACGAUCUCAGAAAUACACAGUCGAUUGAUGAGUCCGUGCGACACUCAGACAUCGUCUACAAUUUGGUGGGCCGUGACUAUCCCACAAAGAAUUUCUCUCUUGAAGACGCGAACACGGAGAGUGCGAAGAGAAUCGCAGAUGCCGUUGCCAAGUACGACGUCGACCGCUUCAUUCACAUGUCUGCUAGUGGAGCGCACCCUGAAUCGCCUUCUGCAUUCAUGCGUGCGAAAUGGCAGAGCGAGCUGGUCACACGAGAGAUCUUCCCGGAGACGACAAUUGUCCGCCCAGCCCCUGUCUUUGGAUUUGAAGACCGUCUUCUCCACCGUCUUGCUCGCGCGGGCAACAUCUUGACCGCUAACAACAUGGAGGAGACGCUCUGGCCGGUGCACGCCGUUGACGUCGGCAAGGCUCUGGAAGCUAUUGGUCUGGACGACAGCACCGCCGGCCAAACAUUCGAGCUGUAUGGACCGAAGGAGUACAGCAUGCGACAGAUCUCGGAGCUUGUCGACCGCGAAAUUAUCAAAAAGAGGAGACACAUCAACAUGCCAAAGUUCAUUCUCAAGCCUCUGUUGGAAAUUUUGAAUCGCGUGCUCUGGUUCCCGGUAGGAAGUGGCGACGAAGUGGAACGUGAAUUUCUGAACCAAUUUAUCGACAAGAAGGCCAAGACCUUCAAAGACCUCGACAUCGAGCCUGGUGACAUUGCCAACUUCACAUACAAGUAUUUGGUAAGCUUGCAGAGCUGUCAACCUGAACAUGCUAUAUAGAUGUACUAACAACCCGCACAGCAAGGAUACCGAAGCUCAUCAUACUACGACCUGCCACCCAUGACCGAAAAGGAGAAGCGUGAGGAGAAGAAGUACCUCCACGUCCUCGACGACCAAUAG